AGACAUUGAAUAUCAAAGGCUUUAAGUUUAUCCGCCGGAGAUGUCUUCUUUACCACCCGGAUGGACCGAAGAGCGACUUCAAACCAUAACCGAGGAUGACUUGCGUCAAAUACCGGAGGUGCAAAUCCGCCAAAUUGAUUUAGAUUUGAUCCCCUUCGACAAUGUUCGAGCUCGCACAAUUAUCUCAUUCGCGAAAUUGUUCGAGGAACAAAGAUUAAGUCGCGAGAGAAAGGGCAUGCCCCCUGCCCCUCCAAAAGAUAUAUUCAAAAUAGCCGAUGAUGCAGUCGUCCAGGUCGUGGAAGAUAAUGAAUUCGAUGACUUCGGUUUCAUUACUUUCCGAACAGAUUUAUCGAUAGAAAGGUCCGCUGGCGGUCAGAAGAUCAUGGAUAAAUGCUUGAUGCCUCGCUUUGAGGAUCCGGAAUUACAUGGUGCUACUCAUCAGCAGAUUCAACGAUCAUACUAUGGGUACCUAGAAACUGAGGGCGUGGCUCCAGGAUUAGAUGUGGGCCUGUGUCUACUUGCUGAUACUGCCGCUGUGGAGUCCAUGAACAGUGACCUGCCAUGGGUGUACGCGUUAGAUAUGAACUUUGAUCAUUCGAGCGAAGUGGAAGAGGGAGAAUAUCCAGGAUAUUUCCGAGUUGCUGCGGACUCGGUGAUCCCAGAGCUUUAUCCCAUGCUUACAGCUAUGCCACCCGCGGAGCUUUGGGCCCAGGGGGAUGAGAUAUGGCAGUCAGCCGUUUAG